CUUCUCUCAACGCAUUACCUCUUCUCUUUAUCUAAUUUUUCACUGAAAACCUUCGCCCAAAAUGGUCCGGAAAUUCCCCAAGGUACCGAAGAAGCAAUACCCGGCACCGAAGCAAUUCAGAAAGCAAAUAUUUCUUCCCGAAUUCACCAUCGCACUCAUCCGUACGCCGUUCCUCCCACCUCGAUACGCCUCUUUCUACGUCCCUCUCCACUUCAACAAGCUCGAUCUGCGCGAUUACCUGCGCAACGUCUACGGUGUCAAUGUCCUCUCUGUCCGCAGCUAUGUGGAGCAACAAAAGAUCACUCGGGAGCGACCGCUCGCGAAACCAGGCUAUGGGAAACUGAGGAGACCGCAGUCGAAGAAGAGGAUGACUGUUGAGAUGAGGCAGCCGUUUGUAUGGCCUGAGGAGCCGAAGGAUUUCUCUGCAUGGGAACCCGAAUUCUUCUACGAAGGACGAAAAUACUCCGAAGAACAACAAGAUAAAGAGUCGCCCGAAGCUGCGCAGAAGCCGGACACAAAGCAACGUGAAGCGUUCAAGAAACAGGCCGACGCGCUGCAGGGGACUAACAAGCAGGCCUGGAAACCGACUUGGCAGGUGCUGGGUCUUAAUUAUGAUCGGACAUCGAUUAUCAAGGAUGCGUUCAAGGGAUCGUCGAGUUCUACGAGCAGCUCGUAGAUUUGUUUGCUUGUGUUACCUUUUCGUUCCCUCUUCUUCCGCACUGGUUACUUUUUUGCCCUGUUAUUUUGCGGAGAAUAGACAAGGGCUUUACUUGUUAUGGAUGUAUUCUUAUAUUACUAUCUAUGUUGUGAUAUUUACCAGAGUGGGCUUGGAAUUUGGGCAAGUUUUUGUAAAGAUAGUUCAAAUGUACAGUUUUCUUCACAA